AUGGCGACAUUCGACGAAGACGAAGCCGAGAUGCUAGAAAAUCUGAAAUAUUUAGAUUAUAUAGAUCGUAUGGAACGAAGAAGUCGGCGGAUUAUUUCUCCAAGAAGAAAUGACCUCGAACAAUUGGACGAUUACGACUUUCUAUGUCGAUAUCGUUUGCCAAAAGAGAGCCCUGUCAAGAACGAAUUCUUCACUCCGGACGGAAAUUUUCACAGGAAUGAAACGAACGUACUAAUUAGGGAGAAAGAAGAGAGUGAAGAAUACGAUAUUCAGCACAAUUCAGAAAGACAAAAGGAUAAUAAAUGUAAUGCAAACAAGACGAAGUUCGUCCCUACAAGUAUCAAAUACAACAACAAAAUCCAAGGAAAGAUUAAAAGGAAAUACUUCAGAAUAACGCGUUCAUCUUACUCGAAACAAAAUCACAAAUGUGAUUUAUGUAAACAGACUUUUGUAAACAAGAAAAUACUACAAGCGCAUUUGAACUUUCAUAUCGGAAAAAAACCAUUUAGCUGCACAACCUGCAAUCAGAAAUUUUCCUGGCAAUUUCUAUUGAGAAGACACAUGAUGAAAAUGAAACACAUCACCGAAAAACAAAGGAAAAUGGAUCGUACAAAAGUUCGUUCGCUGUCAUUAUCAAAAAAUCGUAAAGAAUGUAUGCAGGUUCGAUGUGACAUUUCCGAUAAGUUACUUAAUACAAAGGGCCGAUUGGAGACGCAUAACAGAACACUACAACCAGUAUCUCAUUCUUGUAAGAUAUGUAAAAAAGAAUUUAAAACGAAAUCAAAAUUGAGACAACACCAGCGUACGCAUAGUGAAGAUCGACCUUUCAAAUGCGAUAUAUGUGAAAAGGGUUUUAAAACGAAAAACCAUUUAAAAAGGCAUCGUGAAACUCACAGUGAUGAAUGUAAGUAUUCUUGUCAGGUGUGUAACAAAAGUUUUAAAACAAAAUGCUCUUUGACGAAUCAUAAAAUCGUUCAUAAUAAAGAUUUAAAUCAUUCUUGUCAGAUUUGUAACAAAAGGUUUAAAUCAGAAGUGCAUUUGAGAGAGCACGUUGUUAUACAUACCGAUGAACACAAGUACUGUUGUCAGAUAUGUAACAAGUAUUUUAAAACAAAACGCUAUUUGAGACGACAUGAAAGAACUCACAAAGAUAGAAGUGAUAAGUAUUUUUGUGACGUAUGUAAAACAGCAUUUAAAUCCAGAUAUAGUUACAUUAAACAUCGUUUUGUUAAACAUCAAAAUAUGUUUGUUUGCGUAUAUUGUAAUAAGUCAUUCAAAACCAAAAAUUUGCUGACAGCGCAUUCGAAAACUCAUAUUGAAAAAUGUAAUAUCUGUAAAAAGAAGUUUUCGAGUAAACACUCUUUAAUCAGUCAUCAGAAAAUUCAUCUUGACAUAAAACCGUUUGUUUGUGAGAUGUGUAACAGACGUUUUAUAUCAAAUUCUGAGUUAAAACGUCACCAAAGUUCUCACAAUAAAGACAAUCUUCCUUACGUUUGCGAGGUAUGUAAGAUGGGUUUUUACAAGAAAUCUCACCUGUAUAGGCACCGACCCGUUCAUGAAAAAGAGGAGCAUCUUUGCAUCCAUUGUAAAGGCAGAUUUAAAACAGAAAUUAAAUUGAAACUGCAUUUACAGUUUUCUUGUUCAAAAAUACACCCCAAACAAUUACCUUACCAAUGUAACAUCUGUAAACGGACUUACGUAAAUAGUUAUGAUUUGGAGCAACAUCUACUCGCUUACAAGGAUCAAAUACACUUCUGUUGCGACGUUUGUAAGAGGAAAUUUACGUCAAAAGUCGAAUUCGAAACUCAUCAAAAGACUGCUCAUCCUCCGGGAGGAAAGUGUAAAUGCCAAAUUUGCAAUAAGACAUUUCGGAGAGAAAUUGAUUUAAAUAGACAUAUGAAAAUAAAUACCAAUUCAGGCGUUAAGAAAUGUGAUGUUUGUGGACAAUAG